AUACAACACAGCAGAGAACAUACAUAAAACACAAUUUUUUAAAAAAUCUCUCAAACCAGAUUUCACUUCACAGAGAGAUAAAACAAAACAAAACUGAAAAUGGAAGACUUGAAGAAGAGAAAGAUGGACGAGGCAAUCAUCAAUGGUUCUGCCGAAACAUUAACCACACAAGAUUAUCUUCGCUCACUGCUUGACCCUCUUAAUAAACCCCAGCUUGUCGAUCUCCUUUCUAGACUAGGGUCUCAAUAUCCUUCAAUUGAAGAAGAAAUUAAAAGUCUUGCCAGUGCGGAUCCAGUCCAUCGAAAGCUUUUUGUUCGUGGCUUGGCCUGGAAUACCACUUCAGAAACCUUGUGUGCUGAAUUUCGAAUGCAUGGUGAGAUAGAAGAAGGGUCAGUGAUCUAUGACAAAGCGACAGGAAAGUCACGUGGCUAUGGUUUCAUUACGUACAAGCAUAUGGAAUCGGCAAAAAGUGCACUAGGUGCACCUAGCAAAUUGAUUGAUGGCCGAAUGGCUGUCUGCAAUUUAGCUUGUGAGGGAUUAACUGGUGCAACUACCACACCUGAUCUAACCCAGAGGAAACUCUACAUUGGGGGUUUGUCGCCAGAGAUCUCAAGUGAGAUGCUGCUUCAUUUUUUUGGAAGAUAUGGUGAGAUUGAAGAAGGCUCAGUUGCCUAUAACAAAGAUACUAAUGAAUCACGUGGGUUUGGUUUUGUUACAUACAAGACAGUGGAGGCUGCAAAGAAGGCCAUAGAUGAUCCACACAAGUUGCUUGGGGGGAGAACUAUCACUGUGAAGCUUGCUGAUACCCACAAGGGCAAAACAGUACAAAUGCAGUCACCAGCGCCCAUGGUUCCAGUACCUGUACCAAUGGCAGCAGCUGGUUUUGCGCAGCCAGGUAAAGCACCAGUUGGCAGUGGUACUCCUGUUGGUUAUCCUUAUCAUCAAACUGUAGCAUCAUAUCCAGCUUCUUCCUACCCUAAUCCUCCAGUUGCACCUGCUCCAUAUCCAACACAAUCUCAAGUUUCAUAUGCACCAGUUUCUGCAAAGAAAGAACUGUUAGGACUUUCAUCAACACCACCUGUCGGAAUGGGUGGAUACCCUUAUUACUACCCUAAACAGUAAUCUUUUCUCAAUGGGAUGUUAGUGCUACUGAAGCUUAUGCCUUCCCAAAGCGGUAGGUUUAUGCCGUCAAGUAGAGCUGUGGAUGGUUCUACGAGACAGAGCUGUUGAGAAGCUUAGAAUGGCAAUCAAACUGAAAUUUUGAUGCUGGAAUUUUUUUUUCUUUUUGUCGUUUCCAUCGCCUUUUGUAACAACUUAGUAUGCUUCAUUAGCCAUUUGCUCUGUAAUUUUGGACAAAAAUAAUCGAAUAUGUCCAGUAGGAUGUAUACUUUUAGUCGAGGGAUGCUCUUUUUUUUU